GUAUUAGUUUAAUCACCUGAUUGUGAAUCACUUAAAGGACUUUGUUGAACCCUUAACAUCCGCCUGUACCAACACAAUUGAACGGAAGUGGCGUGACGUCCGGUCAGAAGUCCCCAAAUACGGUCGCAAGAGCAAGCACUUCGUCGGCUACCUCGCUGAGUACUUGUUUAAAACCAAAUACAUCCCAGAAGAAAGGGUUCACGCUUUCCUCGAGGCAGUGGCUGCGUUGUACCCCCAAAAUACCAUUAAGAAUCGACAUCCUUAAAACAUUCUUCUAAAAAGGACAAUAUAUGAAUGAGGAAAACGUUAAAAAUACGUUUUUUCAUUUCACCUAUUAAAUAGAGAAGAUAAUUAGUAAUUGACGUAAGGAAACUUGCUAAACCAAACAAACACAAUGGAAAGUCAGUUGUGGGGAGAAAUUCCAGAGCCCCGAAACACGGAAUGGGAUAAAGUGGUACCGAAAGAGAUUGGAAAGCUUGUGAUUUUGAGUGCAAUAAAAAUGGAACCACCAAAAGUUAAACAGCCUCAACCUGAUGAACAUGCAGAUAAUAAUAUUACUGUGGGACCAGAACACAGCACGAUGGAGCAGAAUGUGUUAUAUACCAUCAAACUGAUUCAGCAUGCCAGACAAGUCGACGAUUUAAUCAGGGUCAGCAACUCAAUGAUACAGGACGAAGAACCAUCUGUAGAAGUUAAAGAAUGUCCUCCAAUGCCACAGGCUCCCACCCAGGAAAUAAAGCAGGAAGAAACCUUUCCAAGUUAUAAAUCAAGAGAAGAGAGCCCCUUCACUCUAGGAGAACCAAUAGUCCUCCCAGAGCUUGGCAGAGAAGUAACCAAAGAAAUACUUUACAAGUCGGUAUCCACUCUUUGUGCUCAUGCAGGAUACGACAGUGGAAUGCAGUCUUCACUUCAAGUUCUGACAGAUGUUGCAGAAGACUUUUUCAAGAAAUUCACACGGCUGCUGCGCUAUGCUGUGGAUAGAGAGGACCUCUAUGGCAAUUCAGGUUUUCCUGAUGCAAUGGAGAGGGUGUUCCACGAGAUGGGGCUGGGCAGUGUGACGAGACUACACGACUUCUACCAGAGCAGAGUGCUCCAGUACCGUGACCAGUGCCAAGAGAAGUGUCAGAAGUUGGUACAACAGUACGAGGCACUGUUACCAACAAUUAAACGGGAGCCCGACGAGCUGGUCAGGUUUAAAACCGAGAUGGAAAGUGAGGAGGACAUCCCGGAGAUACACUUCCCCGCGAUGGCUGAAGGGGAUUGUGUGGAUGAGCUGCAGUCCUCACUCGAGCCUGGCUUCCAGAUGCUGCACAGCCUGGAGCAAGAGGUUGCUAUCAAAUACGGGACAGUGUAAGGAGAGAGUGAACGAUUUCACUGUGAACGUCAGCUGCUCAACUUGGCUGUGAGAUGCCAAUUCUCCUACGGAAGCCAAGGAACUUUGAGAGAAAAUAGAGAGUAUACCUUCAGACUGUAUAAUGUAAUAUGUUAUUGUUAAAAAAUAUACACUGUUUUAUAAUUGUUAA